AUGUGUUCUGAUUCUAUUGAAGUUUCUACUUCAUUGUCUCAUAGUGAAAAUUCUGUCCAUGAAGAUACAUUAAUCAAAAAUCCAUUUAUUACUACACCCCCUACAAAGAGAGAGAAACAUACUCUUGGCACGAGGUAUAUUAGGAAUAGAAAAUGUAUUCAAGAAGCUGUGUUAAUAGGUAUUCUUAGUAAACAUUGUUCUAUUGUUUAUGAACGUCCUAAGAAAAGAUCUAGUUUAACUCAUCAGUUGUUUAAAAUCAAAACAUUGAUUUUUGAUAAUGAAGUUUUUGAUGUAGAGGCAUUUCUUGAAAGACAAACAAAAGGUGUUUAUGAAAAUGCCAUAGAGUCUGGAUUAAGUAAAAAAAAUGUAAUAAGGAGAGUUGAAAAUGAAAAGACUGUAACUCUUCUUGAUUUUCUUGUAGAUAUUUGUCUUGAUCUUGGUUAUUUCUUUGAAACAACUCGAAUGAGAAAUUCAUUGUCUCGUACUAAAGUUGAUUUUGUUGAGGCCGUUUAUUAUAAAGGUAAAUUAAUUAUUGAUGAUGAAUUAGUAAAAAAAGCUGGUUCAUUAAUAUCUACUCAUUUGUUCUCACUUACUACUGCUUCUGAAAAAGAAUGUACUAUACAAAAAGGUGAUGAAAAUAUUAAAUCUUUCUUUUAUAGCCGUCCUGUAUUUAAACCCUCCCCAAUCUUUAAUACUAACAAUAUUUCAAUUACUAUUUAA